UGAAUCAGCAACAGAGAAAGCGCAAAGCACCGGACGGGAAGGUUGUCACAAAUUAACUGACGUCCAUGAGAUGACGGUUGUUGUUCUCUAGCCCGAAACCGUCUUUACGCACGAGACUGCCAUUCCCUUUUUUUACGAUUAACGGGGAGUGAAAGUCCCCUGUAACGGGUCCGGAUUCAGCAGCAUCAUGCCAGAGGUGUCGAAGAUGAAGAAGCCCGACGUGAAGGUGGUCCUCCUGGGGGACAUGAACGUGGGGAAGACGUCGCUGCUCCACAGGUACACGGAGAGGAAGUUCAGGGACACCAUCAGCACCGUCGGAGGGGCGUUUUUCCUCAAGCAGUGGGGACCGUACAACAUUUCCAUUUGGGACACAGCUGGUCGUGAACAGUUCCACGGCUUGGGCUCCAUGUACUGUCGAGGUGCCGCCGCUGUCAUCCUCACGUAUGACGUCACUAACUGGCAGAGCCUAGCUGAGCUGGAGGAGCGCUUCCUGUCCCUGACUGAUACUGCCAAUCAUGACUGCAUCUACGCUGUGGUGGGCAACAAGGCUGACCUCAUAGACCCUAAAGCCCAGAUGUUCCAGGACUCGGGUGGCGAGCCAGAGGACAGAACCGAGCUUGAAAAGGAUCGGACAGAACCGCAAGUAUUGUCCUCCUGUCCGACACCCCCAGCCUCCCCUGCAUCCCCGUCUGGGAUGAUCCUACACAAACCAGUUACACAUGAAGAUGCAGUGGCUCUUUAUGGAAGAAUACUACGCUACAAGGGCCUGGAGGAAAAGAGCAGUCUGCCUGCAGAGAAGAUGUGCUUUGAGACCAGUGCCAAGACCGGUUAUAACGUGGACACCUUGUUUGAGACAUUAUUUGAUUUGGUGCUUCCCUCCAUUCUGAGAAAGAGGAAUGAGAACCAGGCAUCUCCUACUGUUGACCUAGAGGAAUGCAGGGGUAAGCGGGCCAGAACCUCCUGCUGUUAGGAUCCAUCAAAAAGCAGUGGACAAGCUCAAACCAGUUCCUUAGAGUCUUGAUUUUUAGCAAUGGACAAUCAGCAGGUGGAUCCAGCCACCAAACACAUACUGUGAUGGUUCUACUACAUACGCCUGAAUGAGACCCCAGAGCAAUAAUGACCUCAGAGAAAUACACAAAUAAAGAUUACUGAUGCUGUGAAGUUGGUCUGAAAGAAGAAACCAGAGUUCAGUGUCCAGGAACACUUUUGGUUAAAGAGGGAAAGUGAAAGCCAGCAAAUGCACUUGUAUCCCAAAGAUGUUUGUACACUUAAGAAGUCAGUCACUGCCAUGUGUUUGUUUUUGUUGUUUUCUCACAUUUAACAUCACUAAUUGUUAAUUGCUUGGCACAUUUUAAGGCUUCCCUAAAUCACUCUUCUUCUUUUUUUUAUUUUAAUGUUUUGUUACUUGUCUCCACACACAUUUAGUUGCACUUUUGGAAGCAGUCAGUGGUUGUAAAUAGUAAAAAAACCCCUGUUGAAUUUUUUAAGUGCAAUGUCAUAAUAAAGAUUUUUAUUUUGCA